AUGGAAUCAAAAACCCUAACCGAUACAACCCUACCCAACCACCAUGACGAGACCGAGAGAGAGUCAAGAGAGUUCGACAAGAAUCAGAAACGGUACCAAGACCUGAUCGCCACACUUCCUCAUGCCAAAGGCUGGAGACCGAAAACUCCUCUGAUCGAGUACGGUGGUCACUGGAUAGUGCAGCCUCUCCUGGAAGGUUGGCUUCACGCGCAAGACUUCUUCCAAGCACGACCCAUUGACUUUUUCGUUUGUAGCUACCCAAAGUCAGGUACCACUUGGCUCAAAGCUCUAACUUUCACGAUCGCAAAUCGAUCUCGCUUUGAUGAUUCCUCAAACCCUCUCCUUAAACUUAACCCUCACGAGCUUGUUCCUUUCAUUGAGGCCGAGUUUCCUUUGUUCCCUGAAGAUGAUGUUCCCAAUGACAAAGGGAACACUCUUUAUUCGACUCAUAUCCCGCACGGGUUAUUACCCGCAUCCAUUUCGAAAUCGGGUUGUAAGAUGGUUUACAUCUGGAGAGACCCAAAGGACACCUUUGUGUCCAUGUGGAGUUUCUUCCAAAAGGAAAGGUCUGACCAUGGCCCUCUCAAUAGUCUUGAGGAGUCUUUUGAUAUGUUCUGUCGAGGCUUGUCUUUGUAUGGUCCUUAUCUAGAUCAUGUCAUGUCCUAUUGGAAAGCAUACCAAGAGAAGCCGGAUCAGAUUCUGUUCCUCAAGUACGAGACUAUCAAAGAUGAUCCUUCGCCGUACGUGAAGAGAUUGGCUGAGUUUAUGGGUUGUGGCUUCACAGCUGAGGAAGAGGAGAAAGGGGUUGUUGAGAAAGUUGUGAACCUUUGCAGCUUCGAGACGCUGAAGAAUCUUGAAGCCAACAAAGGAGAGAAAGAAAGAGAAGACAUCAAAGCUAAGAAAUUCAGAGAAGACAUUCCUUCUGGCUUUUAUCCGAAUAGUGCUUAUUUCAGGAAGGGAAAGGUUGGAGACUGGCAGAACUAUCUGACUCCGGAGAUGGCAGCUCGAAUUGAUGGAUUGAUGGAAGAAAAUUUCAAGGGCACCGGUUUGCUUGAACAUGGCAAGUGA